UAGUUCCUUCCUUGUCAGGUUCCAAGAUGGCGCUGCCCAUAAUGGGUAAUGUGAAACGUCUUUUCCCAGUCAUUCAAAAGCAUCAUUCUCUAAGACGAUUAUUCUGCGCUGGACAAUGUGUGGAGAGAAAGGAGGCUCCACGUGGUCGCGUGUUUUCAGGGAUCCAGCCCACGGGAGUCCCCCACCUCGGGAACUUCCUGGGGACUUUGGAGACCUGGGUGUCCCUGCAGGGCCAGUACCCCUCGGUGGUCUACAGCAUUGUGGACCUGCACUCCAUCACUCAGCCACAGGACGCCGCCCUUCUUCGGGUCAACACACUGGACAUGGCUGCCAGCCUGCUGGCCUGUGGCAUUGACCCAGAGAGAUCGAUCCUGUUCAAGCAGUCACAGGUCUCAGAACAUGCAGAACUGUCUUGGAUAUUCGGCUGUCUCACCAGUAUGCCCCGUCUCAGACAUCUGCCUCAAUGGAAGAUGAAGAGUAAGCAAAACAAUGAGGGGAGCGUGGGACUGUACACAUACCCUGUCCUGCAGGCUGCAGAUAUUCUCCUCUACAAGUCCACUCACGUUCCAGUAGGAGAAGAUCAGGUCCAACACCUGGAGCUGGCCCAAGACCUGGCCCGUAUCUUCAACCACAUGUACGGAGACUUCUUCCCUGAGCCGCGUGCUCUGCUUAGCUCCACUCGCAAGCUGAAAUCCCUACGCGACCCCUCGUCUAAAAUGUCCAAGUCAGAUCCACAGAAUAUGGCCACCGUCUACCUCACGGACUCGCCAGACAUCAUCUCCCUGAAGAUCCGCCGCGCCGUCACCGACUUCAUCUCGGAGGUGACCUUUGACCCCCAGGCUCGACCGGGCGUGUCUAACCUGGUGCUGAUGCAUGCCGCGCUGGCAGGGUGCACGGUGGAGGAGGCCGUGUGCCAGGCAAGGGGUCUGGACACGGGGAAAUACAAACAGCUGGUGGCAGAGGCUGUGGUGCUGCGCCUCACACCGAUCAGGGAGGAGAUUGAUAGACUGAGGGGGGACAGGGGGCACCUGGAGAGGAUUUUGGCCGAUGGGGCCAGCAGAGCCAGGGAGCUGGCUGCACCGGUCCUCAAGGAGGUUCACCACAGAGUAGGCUUCUGCUGAGACUGAAGACGCUGUGACUCUAGUGUUCGUGGACUGGAAGGCUCACCCGGUGCUUCAUCGACUGUGCUUGUAUUACGUACAUUGUUUCCAUUCAUGAAGCUUGGUGCCUUGCGUUAAUUGCUUGCAAUAUAUUUUUAUUUACAUAAUAAAUAGAUGCAUUUAAAAUGUGCUGUCUGUGAAAUCUCUGAGGACUC